AUGAGUGAUAAUAAUAGUGAUAUUAAUGAUACAAACAAUGAGUCAAAUAAGCCAACCCUUCAUCUGGAAAGGGGUCGAAAUGUUGAUAACUAUAAGGAAAAGUGUCAUCAAUUAUGUCAACAAUAUUUGGGAGGCGUUUGGUUGGACACGACUGUCGAGGAUAUGAAGAUCAGGCGACUGAGUGGUGGACUAACCAAUCAGAUAUACUAUUGCGGUAUCGAUGAAAAACUUAGUACCACUGGUGAUGGUGUACCCCAUGAAGUGGUUGUCCUCUACUAUCAGGACAAACAUUUCAAGGAAAACGAACGGUUGUCCGAUACGGUUAUAUCGGUAAUGAUGUCCGACAAUAAUUUGGGACCAAAAUUGUGCGGUGUUUUUCCCGGCGGACAAAUUCAAAAAUUUUACAAGAACAAGAAUUUCCGAGUAGACCAACAAAAUAACCCGAAAUUAGUGAACAAAUUAGCAAAACAGUUGGCCAGAGUUCAUGCACUGGAUGUACCAAUUAAUCGGUCAACCGAUUGGAUGUUUGAUUAUUUUUACGGAUGUUAUCAAAAAGCCAGUCAACGUUUUGACUUACCGGCGCUUAUUGACGAGUGUCAGUGCGAAACACUCAAACUGUAUGAUAUCAAACAAGAGUUGGAUUGGCUUAAGGAUGUGAUCACCAAUUCAAACAUUCCGGUUGUCUUCACUCACGUAGACUUUCGCGGAUCCAAUAUAAUGAUCACUGAAGACGAAGAUAUAGUAGUUUGCGAUUUCGAGUAUUGCGGUUACGGCUAUCGGGGCUAUGAUUUUGGCACUAUUUUUGUUGAAUGGGGAAAGGAUUUUGAAGUAUUAGGCUAUGAUUACGGCAAAUUCAUUGGUCAGGUAUCAAACAACACAAAUUUUAGGCCAUUCAUUGAAAGUUAUUUUAACGAAAUGGUUGCCAUAUAUGGCGACAAGUUUGCUGCCGAUCCCCGAAAUUCAGUCGAUGCUAUGCUCAGGGAAGCAAAAUUGUUUUCAUUGAUUGCCUAUAUGUUUAUCAUUAUUUAUUCAUUACAAUUAACCGAAUCGAUAGUCAAUGGUAUUACAACCUAUGAUAAAAAACAUGAAAUGAAAGAGGGAACCGAUAAACUUUAUAAAAUAUACCAUGAAGUUAAAAGUAAAUAUCUUGAAGAUAAUGUGUUUCAAUUUUAA